CCAAGCAAACCGUUUUACAGCAGCGUACAUGUAUGGGACGUACACCGAAAAUUCAAGUGCCUUGAAGAACGGAUUUAUUAAACAUUUCAUUUAAAAGAAGACAACGCUGAAAUCCAAAAAAGUCAUCGGGACUAAAAAACUUUUAGCACCCCCCCUAAAAACCGAGAGAAAAUUGGUUCAUAACGCUGAGGCAGGCUAGCAAGCUAAGCUAAAGCAAAGAUGUUUAUUUAUCUCAGUAAGAAGAUUGCGAUUCCAAACAAUACCGUUUUAAAGUGUGUGUCUUGGAAUAAAGACCAAGGUUUCAUCGCCUGUGGAGGAGAGGAUGGGCUUUUAAAAGUUCUCAAACUUGAGACUUAUACAGAUGAUGCCAAACUGAAAGGCUUGGCAGCGCCCAGCAACCUCUCUAUGAAUCAGACACUGGAAGGACACAGUGGUGCAGUGCAGGUUGUGACUUGGAAUGAACAAUACCAGAAACUGACCACCAGUGACCAGAAUGGGCUCAUUAUUGUCUGGAUGCUUUACAAAGGUUCAUGGUAUGAAGAAAUGAUUAAUAACAGGAAUAAGUCUGUGGUGAGGAGCAUGAGCUGGAAUGCUGAUGGUCUGAAGAUCUGUAUUGUGUACGAGGACGGUGCUGUGAUUGUGGGCUCGGUGGAUGGGAACAGGAUCUGGGGUAAAGAACUUAAGGGGACCCAGCUGGCACAUGUGGCCUGGUCUCCAGACAGUAAGAUCCUGCUGUUUGGGAUGGCCAAUGGAGAGAUCCACAUCUACGACAACCAGGGAAACUUCAUUAUGAAGAUGACCAUGAGUGGUUUGGCGAAUGCAGCAGGUUCCCUCAGUAUAUCAGGUAUUCACUGGUACCCUGGAACAGAGGGAUAUCUGGAACCAGACUGCCCCUGCCUAGCUGUUUGCUUCACUAACGGGCACUGCCAAGUGAUGAGGCACGAGAGUGAUGACAGUCCUGUGAUCAUCGAGACGGGUAUGUGGCAUGUGGCCAGUAUCCAAUGGAAUCACUGUGGCAGUGUUCUAGCUAUAGCAGGAUCACUCAGAAACAGCGGAGCAGAGAAAGACGUAAAUGUUGUUCAAUUCUACACACCGUUUGGAGAGCACUUGCGGACUCUGAAGGUUCCGGGCAAGCAGAUGACUGCUGUAUCAUGGGAAGGUGGAGGACUCCGAAUUGGCCUAGCUGUAGACUCUUACAUUUAUUUUGCUAACAUUCGGCCAGAUUACAAGUGGGGUUACUGCAGUAACACAGUGGUGUAUGCAUACACACGGCCUGAUAGGCUGGAGUACAGUGUGGUGUUCUGGGACACUAAGAAUAAUGAGAAGUUUGUAAAAUAUGUCAAGAGUCUCAUGUCCAUCACCACCUGUGGAGAUUUUUGCAUUUUGGCCACCAAAGCAGACGACACACAUCCACAGGAGGACACUGACACUGAGGCUGGAUCAGCUAUGGCAUUUAAUGAGCUGUCCAAUCAAAACACCUCAAAGGAUCGGUCUAAGAGGAGAAAGUAUGCUCUGGUGUUGUGUAACUCCAUUGGAACCCCACAGGAUUCUAAAUAUAUUGACAUCGAGCCCCUGUUUGUCACUAUGACGAAGACUCACGUGAUUGCUGCAUCUAAGGAAGCGUUUUAUGUUUGGCAGUAUCGUGUGGCCAAGAAACUCACUGCUCUUGAAAUCAACCAGGUCGCCAAGACAAGAAAGGAAGGUCGAGAGAGGGUUUAUCACAUCGAUGACAGUCCAAGCGGAACAUCAGAUGGGACACUGAACUUUGCCAAAGCCUUCACAGCCACCAGAGAUCAGAUCUGCUGCAUUACAGCAUCAGACAGAAUGCUUAUAGUGGGCCGUGAGUCUGGUAUCCUACAGAGAUACAGCCUGCCCAACAUCACCCUCCUGCAGAAAUAUUCCCUUACCUCCAGACCGUAUCAGCUGUCCCUCAAUUGUAACUCCAGCCGACUGGCUAUUAUAGACAUUACGGGCGUGUUGACGUUUUUGGACGUAGAGACACGGGCUUCGUCAGGGGAUGCAGAGGGCGGUUCCACAGCUGGAGACCCAUCUAAAUUUGAGCGCAAGGAUGUCUGGGAUAUGAAAUGGGCUAAUGACAACCCAGAUCUGUUCUCCAUGAUGGAGAAAACCAGAAUGUAUGUCUUUAGAAACCUGGACCCUGAGGAACCAAUUCAAACGUCUGGCUUCAUCUGCCACUUUGAGGAUCUGGAGAUCAAAUCUGUUCUUUUGGAUGAGAUUAUGAGGGAUCCAGAGGUUCCCAAUAAAGAUUAUUUAAUAAACUUCGAGAUCCGCUCGCUGAGGGACAGCAGGGCACUUAUUGAGAAGGUUGGAAUUGAAGAUGCUUCUCAGUUUAUUGAGGACAAUCCCCAUCCGCGUCUCUGGCGUCUGUUGGCAGAAGCAGCGCUGCAGAAGCUGGAUUUGAAGAUGGCUGAACAGGCGUUUGUGCGCUGUAGAGACUACCAGGGCAUUGAAUUUGUGAAGAGACUGAGCAAUCUACAAAGUGAAGCCAUGAAACAAGCCGAGGUAGCUGCUUACUUCAGCAGGUUUGAGGAGGCAGAGAGGAUGUACCUGGACAUGGACCGCAGGGAUUUGGCGAUAGGUUUGCGUAUAAAGCUCGGUGAUUGGUUCAGGGUUCUGCAGUUGUUGAAGACCGGAUCAGGUGACUCUGAUGAUGCUCUUCUGGAGCAGGCCUACAACGCCAUUGGAGACUAUUUUGCAGACAGACAGAAAUGGUUGAAUGCAGUGCAGUAUUACCUUCAGGGUCGUAAUCAGGAGCGUCUGGCUGAAUGUUAUUAUAUGCUGGAGGACUACGAUGGUCUGGAGAGACUUGCAAACUCUCUACCAGAAAACCAUAAACUGCUACCAGACAUUGGUCAGAUGUUUGUUACCGUGGGAAUGUGUGAGCAGGCCGUCAGUGCAUUUCUGAAAUGUAACCAGCCCAAAGCAGCUGUGGAUGCCUGUGUGCAUCUAAACCAGUGGAACAAAGCUGUUGAACUUGCCAAAGACCACAGUAUGAAGGAAAUUGGGCCUCUGCUGUCCAAAUACGCCUCGCAUCUGCUGGAGAAAAACAAAACUCUAGAGGCUGUAGAGCUCUACAGAAAAGCCCAUCACUUCCUGGAUGCUGCCAAGCUCAUGUUUAAGAUCGCAGAAGAAGAGGCAAAAAAGAGAACACGACCACUGCGAGUGAAGAAGUUGUAUGUGCUUGCUGCCCUGCUGGUGGAGAACUUCCACACCCAGAUCAAAAGUUCACAGCAAAGCAAAAUCAAGGGCAAGAAAUCAGAGGCUACCAGUGCAUUAGCAGGGUUGUUAGAGGAAGAUGAGUCGUCUUCAGACAGCCGUAUCCUGGAUGACGCCUGGCGUGGGGCAGAGGCCUAUCAUUUCUUCCUGCUUGCGCAGAGACAGCUAUACGAAGGCAAGGUGGACGCAGCCAUGAGGACAGCUCUCCAUCUCCGUGACUAUGAGGAUAUUAUCCCUGCUGUGGAGAUUUACUCUCUGCUAGCCAUCUGCUCAUCUGCAAACUGUGCGUUUGGUACUUGCUCACGUGCCUUUAUUAAGCUGGAGUCUCUGGAAACACUGACUCCAGAUCAGAGGCAGCUUUAUGAAGACCUGGCCCUGGAGAUCUUCACCAAACACAGCCCUCGAGACACCCGGCAAAGCCAGCGAGACAGUCUCACUGAUGGGCCGGAGGGCAAGUUGCCCACCUGUAUAGUGACAGGAAGAGUGAUAUCGGAGUACCAGUUCUGGAUGUGCAGUGUGUGUAAGCACUGUGCUGUGGAGCAGGAGAUCACACAACACAACUUCUGUCCUCUCUGUCACUCCUCAGUGGGAUAGAUUUUUCCAUCUCUUUCCCAAGCUCAGCUCUUGCUCCAUCAAAUGUCAUUCUUUUCGAUGUACUGUGGGACACAAACUCUGCCACAAGAGUAGAAGGCUUAAAAUAUAUGUAAUUUGGAUGUUUAAACAAAUGAUCAUAUAUAUAUAC